GGAAAUUAUAUUAUAUAUUACGAAUAAGACAUUAUUUGAUUAUUAAUCGAAAAUUGGGGAAUGACAGUGUGAAACAUAAUAUAUGGCUAUGAAGAAUAAUAGAGAUUCAUUGGAGAGAGAGAAAGAAGAGAAUGUGUAAAAGAGAAAUGGUGCCAGCUAUGAAUUUGAAGGAUCAAAGCUUUCUCUGAAGGCCAAAGCUGUCAUCUAUCUUUCUCUCUCUUCCUUAUAGUGCUCUGUUUCUCUCCACAUUCACAGACACACACACUCUCUCUCUCUCUUCCUCUGUUCCUUUACAUUCACUUCUCUCUCUUUGUAAAUCUUGGAGGAGAAGAAGCAAGGAAUUUUGGGGGGAGAGAUUAAAAAGCUUCGACGCAUUGAAGAUUUGAGUCUUCUUGAUGAUUUCAAUCGAUUGAAUCAAUUCAAAAGCUUUUUCCAAACCAAAAUCAAUGGCGGUUCAUCCUAACGUUAAUAGCGAUAAGAAGCACUGGUGGUUCACUCAAAGAAAGCUUGUUGAUAAGUACAUUAAAGACGCAAGGACUUUAAUGGCAAGUGAGGAGCUAAACGACGUCACUUCAGCUGUUUAUUUACUUGACGCAGCGUUGUCCAUAUCGCCGCGUUUCGAGACGGCGUUAGAGCUUAAGGCUAGAUCUCUGCUCUUCCUCCGUCGUUUCAAAGAAGUCGCCGAUAUGCUUCAGGAUUAUAUUCCCAGUCUUAAGCUGGCCGUUAACGACGAAGAAGCAUCUGCUUCUUCCGAAGGCUCCUCCUCCUCCUCCUCUUCCUCUCGCGACGGAGUUAAGCUUCUCUCCGACGCGUCGUCCCCGGGACGCGACUCGUCGUUUAAAUGCUUCUCUGUUUCUGAAUUGAAGAAGAAAGUGAUGGCAGGGAUAUGUAAGAAAUGCGACAAAGAAGGGCAAUGGAGGUACGUUGUGUUGGGGCAAGCUUGUUGUCAUCUAGGACUAAUGGAGGAUGCGAUGGUUCUGCUUCAAACCGGAAAACGCCUCGCCUCCGCCGAGUUUCGUCGCCAGAGUGUUUGCUGGUCCGACGAUAGCUUCAUUCUCCUCUCCGAAUCCUCUUCCGCGUCUCCACCACGCAACCUCACGGAGGGUGAGAAUUUCACUCACCUUCUCGCUCACAUAAAACUCCUCCUUCGUCGUCGCGCCGCUGCAAUCGCCGCACUCGAUGCUGGACUUUUCUCUGAGUCAAUCCGUCACUUUUCGAAGAUCGUCGAUGGCCGUCGCCCUGCGCCUCAAGGAUUCCUCGCUGAAUGCUAUAUGCAUCGAGCCGCGGCGUAUAGAUCCGCCGGUCGAAUCGCGGAGGCGAUCGCCGAUUGCAACAAAACUCUAGCUCUCGAACCAUCGUGCAUCCAGGCGCUGGAGACUAGAGCCGCGCUUCUAGAAACAGUACGGUGUCUUCCAGAUUCGCUCCACGAUCUAGAACACUUGAAGCUUCUCUACAACACAAUUUUGCGAGAUCGGAAACUUCCAGGUCCGGUAUGGAAGCGGCACAAUGUGAAAUACAGAGAGAUCCCGGGAAAAUUGUGCGUAUUGACAACGAAAACGCAAAAACUGAAGCAGAAAAUCGCAAACGGAGAAACUGGGAACGUCGAUUACUACGGUUUGAUCGGAGUGAGACGCGGAUGCACCAGAUCAGAGCUCGACCGAGCUCAUCUAUUGCUGUGCCUGAGAUACAAACCCGAUCGGGCCUCGUCUUUCAUCGAACGGUGUGAGUUCACCGAUCAGAGUGACGUCGAUUCGGUUAGAGAUCGAGCGAGGAUGUCUUCGUUGCUGCUUUACCGUUUAAUUCAGAAAGGAUAUUCCGCUGUGACGGCGAUCAUAGCCGAGGAGGCGGCGGCGGAAGAAAAACGCAAAAAAAACAUUGCGGCGGCUCAGGCUCAAACGCCAAUGCACAAGACCGAAGAGCGUAAACCGGUUGGAAAAUCCGGUUUGACUAAGAUAGCCGGGUUCAGUGAACCGAAAGCAGUGGGAAAAUCUAAGAUAACAGAAAAUACUGAACCGAAACCGGUAAAUUCCAAUGCGUACCAAGGAGUUUUCUGUAGAGAUCUUGCUGCUGUGGGGAAUCUACUAACCCGGGCUGGUUUUAACCAUCCAAUUCCGGUCAAAUACGAAGCUCUCACCUGCUAAAAAUUGAAUCCGUCAUUUUCUACAAAAUCUUUACGAUAUGAGUUAAGAUUUAUUAUUUAUUUAAUGUGGUCAAAAUAAAUAAAUAAAUUUAGCAGAGAAAAUAUUUAGUUUAUAGGCGUAAAAAUUUUAGCUUUUAUAUAGCAAUGUCAUAUGAAAGUUCAUAUGCAUGUGUAUGUAAUUUUGAC